AUGGAAGGCACUCAUUGCACCCUACGAUUGCAUAAGCCCAUUACUGAACUCUGCUACAUCAGCUUCUGUCUUCCAAAGGGGGAAGUCAGAGGAUUUUCAUACAAGGGCACUGUAACUCUAGACCGAUCCAAUAAAGGUUUUCAUAGCUGCUACCAAGUCAGGGAGGGGCCAGACAUCAUCAGCCUCAGCCAGGAGCCGGACGAACAUCCAGGCGACAUAUUUUUCAAGCAGACUCCCACGAAAGACAUUCUAACCGAGCUGUACAAACUCACAACAGAGAGGGAGAGACUGCUGGCCAAUCUGCUGAGCUCAGACCACAUCCUGGGGGUUACGAUGGGGAGCCAGGAAGGGAAGCUGCGGGAGCUGUCCGUGAGCCUGGCCUCGGAGGAUGACUGUUUCCAGAAUGCUGGUGACUGGUGGGGAGAGCUCCCCGUGGGCUCUCUAAAUAAGAGGAGCACCCACGGGAACAAAAAGCCCCGGAGGUUUGGUGGAAGGAGAGAGAGCACUGGGGCUCUCCCACAGAAGAAGACAAGAAGAAAAGGGCGUGGGGUCCGGGAACCAGCUCUCCAGAUGAGCAAGGACCAGAUAUGCUCUAGCAACUCCCUUCCUCUUUCUAGAACAAGGCCUAAUCUUUGGCUACUAGAGGAGAGGGGAAACUUGCUCCCCAAUGGGGCACUUGCCUCUUCCUUGCAGAGGAGAGAGAGCUGCCCCCCAGAUAUCUCCAGGACACCAGACAGAGACCUUGGCUUUGGGAGCCAUGAAACAGCAUCUGAGGACACUAGGCUUGGAAGAGGAGUGCUGCUCCCUGACUGUACCUCCACAGAGGCAGGAGAUGAUGGCCUUCAGGGGCCACCAAGCAGACUGAGGCAUCAGCAGACAGACUUUCCUGAAAGUCGCCAGGAUCCCGAGAAGCAUCCAGAGGCAGAGAGAGACAGGACAGAGAAGUCGACUGAGAGAACUUGCAAGAAGAAACAUGUCUCUGAGGUGGUGGCCAAAGUCCAGGAUCUGUCCUCUCAGGUACAAAGAGUUGUGAAAACACAUCCUAAGGGGGUGGAGGGGAUUGCCAUCUGCCCACCAGCCCAAAGUGAGUUUUUUCCCAAAGCUGACUUGUUUUCCCUCCCAGAAACUGAGGCUGGGGCUUGUGGUUCCAGGCGGCGGGGUAAGGAGCAGCAAGGGGACAGAUCAUUGCAAUCGUUGGCCAGGGAAACAGCCUCCAUUUCUAGUACGUUGUCCGGCACUGAGGGGGCUGUGAACAAGGUUCUCCUGAAGGUGAUAGAGAGUGAGAAAUUAGAUGAAACCACUGAGGGGAAAAGGCUGGGCUUCCCCCUCAGCACGAGAGCCCCCCAUGCCCUCCGGGAAACAAGAGGCAAGAGGAAGUCUGGGCCUCCCCUGAGUAGCCACAAGUCCUUGUUUCUGGAUCUGCCCCAUGGUGUAAGUCCUGGCUCCUCACAACCCAGAGGAGAUAAGAAGAGGCCUUCUCCCCCAGCCCCGGCAGCUCUCAGCAUGGUAUUUAAUAAUUCAUCUCUUCAGUCCAGCACACGCAAACGGGCAUCACCUGUUUCCUCACCCCUAUCUCCAAGGAUCCCCAGCCCUCAGCAGCAUCACAGGAUCCUCCGGCUCUCUCCACUACCUGGUGAGAGGGAAGCUGCUGUUAAUGACUCUCCUGGUAGAAAGAACUGUGUCCUCUCUGGGUCCCCCUCUGCUGACACCUUGGAGCCCCCAGCCUCUGCAAAGGUCACGGAGACCAAAGGAGCCAGCUCGGCCUCCCUCAGAGCAGGCCAACCUUUGGAAAAGAGCUCAAGGUCAGGGAAGACCACAGCUCGGCCCCAGCACCAGUCACCUCCAGGUAUCUCCUCCGAGAGCUUUUCCUGGGAUGGCUUCAAUGAGCAAACACCUAGAGACCUUCCCAGCAGGGAUGGAGGGGCAUGGGUUCUGGGCUAUAGAGCAGGCCCAGCCUGUUCAUUUUUGCUCCAUGAAGAAAGAGAGAAGUCAAACAGAAGCGAAUUGUACUUGGAUCUCCAUCCUGACCACAGCCCCACUGAGCAGGACGAUAGGACUCCUGGAAGACUCCAAGCUGUCUGGCCACCCCCAAAGACAAAAGACACAGAAGAAAAAGUGGGAUUGAAGUACACUGAAGCAGAAUACCAAGCUGCUAUUUUACACUUGAAGAGGGAGCACAAAGACGAAAUUGAAAACCUGCAGGCCCAGUUUGAACUUCGGACAUUUCAUAUCCGGGGUGAGCAUGCAGUGAUAACAGCGAGACUGGAAGAAACCAUCGAAAAUCUCAAACAUGAGUUGGAACACCGAUGGCAAGCAGGAUGUGAAGAGAGGAGAGAUGUGUGUGUCUCCACUGAUGAUGACUGCCCUCCAAAGACCUACAGGAAUGUGUGUAUCCAGACAGACAGAGAGACCUUCCUCAAGCCCUGUGAAGGUGAAAGCAAGACAACCAGAAGUAACCAUACAGUACCCAAAAAACUGACUAUCUCCUCUUUAAGCCAACUCUCUCCCCCAAAUGACAACAAAGACAUCCAUACAACGCUUCAGUCUGUGGAAGGCAUGUCACUGAAUCAGCAGAAGGCAUCAUCUCCCCCUCCAGCACCACCCCUGCCAGCUUCCAUCCCUCCCCCUCCACCCCUCCCUCCAGGACUUGGACCUUUGUCCUCUGUACCUCCAGUGCCACCUGUGAGUGCUGGGCCACUGCCACCUCCUCCGCCGCCGCCUCCACCACCGCCUUUACCUCCAAGCGCAGGACCUCCACCACCUCCUCCCCCCCCACCACUUCCUAACUCCCCUGCCCUACCUAACCCUGGGGGGCCUCCUCCUGCUCCAAUGCCCCCAGGACUUGCACCCCCACCCCCUCCUGGACUAUUCUUCGGACUCAGCUCUUCUUCCAGCCAAUGUCCUCGAAAACCAGCUAUUGAGCCUACUUGUCCCAUGAAGCCUUUAUACUGGACUAGGAUACAAAUCAGUGAUAGGAGUCAAAAUGCUACACCAACCUUAUGGGAUUCCUUAGAAGAGCCUGACAUUCGGGACCCUAGUGAAUUUGAGUAUUUAUUCUCCAAAGACACAACUCAGCAGAAAAAGAAACCUCUGUCAGAGACCUAUGAAAAGAAAAACAAGGUCAAAAAGAUCAUCAAGUUAUUGGAUGGAAAACGAUCUCAAACUGUGGGAAUCUUGAUAUCCAGUUUACAUUUAGAAAUGAAGGAUAUCCAGCAGGCCAUUUUCAAUGUGGAUGACUCUGUGGUAGACCUGGAGACCCUGGCGGCCUUAUAUGAAAAUAGAGCCCAAGAGGAUGAACUGGCUAAAAUAAGAAAGUAUUACGAGACAUCCAAAGAGGAGGAAUUGAAGCUGCUGGACAAACCUGAGCAAUUUUUACAUGAGUUAGCUCAAAUUCCUAAUUUUGCUGAACGUGCCCAGUGCAUAAUCUUCAGAUCUGUCUUCUCUGAGGGUAUCACUUCCUUGCACCGAAAGGUAGAGAUCAUCACACGAGCUUCUAAGGGCUUGCUGCACAUGAAGAGUGUGAAGGAUAUUUUAGCUCUCAUUCUGGCUUUUGGAAAUUACAUGAAUGGAGGAAAUAGGACUCGGGGACAAGCCGAUGGAUAUAGCUUAGAAAUUCUACCCAAACUGAAGGAUGUCAAAAGUCGGGAUAAUGGGAUUAAUCUGGUGGACUAUGUGGUGAAGUAUUACCUGCGUUACUAUGAUCAGGAAGCCGGAACAGAAAAAAGUGUUUUCCCCCUGCCUGAACCACAAGAUUUCUUUCUGGCCUCCCAAGUCAAGUUUGAAGACCUCAUUAAAGAUUUGAGAAAACUGAAGAGGCAACUAGAAGCAAGUGAGAAACAGAUGAUGGUGGUGUGCAAGGAGUCCCCAAAGGAGUACUUACAGCCGUUCAAGGACAGGCUAGAGGAGUUCUUCCAGAAAGCCAAAAAAGAGCACAAAAAGGAAGAAAGCCACUUGGAGAAUGCUCAGAAAAGUUUUGAUACAACAGUAGGAUAUUUUGGGAUGAAGCCAAAGUCUGGUGAGAAGGAGAUCACACCCAGCUACGUGUUUAUGGUAUGGUACGAGUUCUGCAGCGACUUCAAGACAAUUUGGAAACGGGAAAGUAAAAACAUAUCUAAAGAAAGGUUGAAAAUGGCUCAGGAAUCCAUCAGCAAGUUGACAUCAGAGAAGAAAGUGGAAACAAAGAAAAUCAAUCCCACUGCUAGCCUGAAAGAAAGACUGCGUCAGAAGGAAGCCAGUGUGACCACCAAUUAAGAUAAAGACCCAUGAAA